UUUAUGGCCUAUGGGUCGAAUUUAUCAGUUCGUUACAGAAGGCAUAGAGAAAAGUUGUCUUCUAAAUUGUGCUUAUACUUUGGUAAGAAACAGAAAGGUCUGAAUAGUAACCGUUCAACAUGCCCUGUGUUGUACCGACUUGUAACGAUUAUGGCGGAACAUUGAAACGAUUUCCCGACGACGCUAUGCUCGCCGGACGAUGGCUCGAUGCAAUUCAGCUUGGUUCCGGAGUUGUAAUUGAAACCGUUAAUGAUCUGAAACAUCUCGAGGUUUGUAAUAUGCACUUUGUUACAACUUUGGAGCACUCAUUAUUGGAUUGUAAUUACCAAGAACCAAGUAAAUUCACGAAUUGUGACGGAAGUUAUGUAGAAGUUAGCAGUUGCCGUUUAUGCCUUGCAUUUCAUCGUAGUGAUGACAUGGUCGAACCGGAAUCUCGUCUUAGAGAGAAACAACUCAUAUCCCAUGUCGACGAAUUAUUCAACAUCAAGCUUCGGAAUGAUGAUCUGCUAACUCUCAUUUGUCAUGAGUGUUUUGCACGAAUUGAAAUACUUUUGUCAAUCAAACAAAAAACUGCUGCAACGGAAGUUGCAUAUCAGCAACUAGUGCGGAUUGGGCAAGAACAAGCUUCGAAGGUUGUAAAACACGAAGCGGAAGCCUUUCCUGAUAACAUUGUAAAAUUCGAAGUUCAUUUGGAAGAUUCACUCGAUUCGGAGCUAUAUAUCGACGAAAAGGAUAGUAACUGGGAGCCGGAUGUGAGCGACCAAUCUCUACAAGAUCACAAAAACCAUCGCACCAAAAGUAUGAAGAUUGUGAAAUGUAAGAUCAAGAACAAGAGACCUAUCAGAGUUGCGGACACUAUAAAAAGAAAAUGCUAUAUUUGUGUAUCUGUUUUUGCGGAUGCCAGCGAAUUAUUAUCACACCUAGUGGAAAUACAUACCACUAAUACAGUCUAUCGAUGCGAAGAAUGUUCACUUGACAUACCUGUACUGACCAUGUUCAACCGUCAUCUAAGCCGACAUGAUGCAAAGGAAAGACCGUACAAAUGCAACGAUUGUGCCCUGCGAUUUGUUUCGCCUAUGCAGCGAAAGCAUCAUGAAAAUGCGACUCAUGGAGGCAACCACCGAAUUAAGAAAUGUAAACAAGCAGAAAGACAAAUAAUGUGUGAAAUUUGUGGCAAAAAGUUUCGUCACAAAUGUAAACUCAAUGAUCACAUUCAGAGAGUGCAUCUAAAAGUAGGAAUUCCCAAAUGCGAAAAAUGUGGCAAAACUUUUACGACCAAAACCAGUCUCGAGCGACACAUGCUUUUACAUACGAACGAAAAACCAUACGCCUGCGAUCAGUGCGAUGAGAGUUUUCGACGAUUGCUGAACUUGCGACACCAUAAGAGUAUGGUUCACGAAGGCAAAAAUCCGCACAUUUGUCCCGAAUGUAACGUAGAAUUUCAAGGCUACCAAGCGCUGUACUGGCACCGGAAAAACGUUCAUUUGGGAGGAAAAGAAGCAAAACAGCAAAAUCAACAGUUUGAAGUUUGUAAGCUUUGCAACAUACGCCUAGAAAAGAUCAGCGAACUAAUCGAUCAUGUGAAACGGGAACACGGCGACGAUGAUUAUCCGUACAUCAAAUGUUCCGAAUGUCCUCGCACUUUCAUCAACUCUCAGCGUUUGUAUCAGCACAAAUCGAUCCACACGGAUAAAUUUGCUUGCACUAUAUGCGGUGCACGACACACCAAUAGUGCAUUGUUGCAGUACCACAUGGACAAAAAACAUCCGGACGGACGUACGUUCCAGUGUCCGAUCUGUGGGAAGACAUACAAUACUACACGUGCUUUGACGACACACGUUGCUCUUCAUACUAAGAAGAAAAAAUUCAUUUGUGACUUUUGCCAGAAACCCUUCGGACGAAAGUGUGAACUGAUCAUUCAUAGACGGUGGAAUUACGCGGAUAUUCUUGUUUCGAAUAGUGUUAUAUGGAUAUUUUUUUCUUUUAGUACUCACACGGGAGAGAAACCGCUACAGUGUGUUGGAUGCCUCAAAAGAUUCGGUGAUGAUGGAACGUAUUACAAGCACAGAAAGAUCUGUAAAGCGAUGAAAGCAAAAAGCGAGCCACAAUUUUAUGGCUCCGGUGAGGAAGAUUUUACCCAUUAGGAAAUGUGAACGUAUAUUUAUUUUGAAUAAAAUCGUGAAUCGUUGCUUCUUUUGC